UCAUUCUUCACACUUUCUUUCUCCCUCUACCUCGUUUCUCGCUCCUCCAAAUCUCAUGUGACUUUGUCUGGGACUUUGUGGACUCCUCACACCAACAUCAAAAACAGCCAACGAACUUCACGAAGUUCCCAAAUUCCGUGUUUUCGUGAGACAAAAAAGAAGAAUUUCCAAAGAAAAAAGAAAAAAAUUAAUUUGCUUUUUGUUCAAUCAUGCUUGGGAUUGAUUUGGAGGUCACGGCUAAAUCUUUGUUCUCUCGUUUGCUUUGACAGUUGGAGACCAUUUUCAUUAUUGAAUUCACCGCAAUUUUCUUCGGUGGGUUAGAUGUGUAGCAUGUGUCACAAUUGUGGGGCAGAAUUAGCAAAGUCUAAGGAAGAAAGGAAAACACAGGAUAAUGUGAAUUCUUUAAAAUUAGGCAAGCAAGACUCCAUUUUGUCUUGCAAAUGUUGUGAAGAUAAGCAUGAGCGAGAAUUUUUGCUGUGUAAUGGUAUGCAGAGUCCUUAUGCAACACCAAUAAUAUGUCCAACAACUUCUUUGUCCAGCAGCGAUCGUUCCACAUCUGGCUUCAGUGAACUUUCUGUUGAUAUGAACAUGUAUGAUAGGUCUAAUCAAGAAGGUGUAGUAAACAGUUAUCAGGAUAAUCACAACUAUAGACCUAGUGGGCAGUUGCAUGACUUUAGUUUUGAAAUUUCGGUCAAUGGACAUGAUACAUCGCAUGCACCUCUGGGAAGCCCUACUGAUAACGGGAGAUUCACUAGUAGAGAUGUUAACGGGGCUAUACCAUCAAGUAAUGCACUUGACGAAAAGGAUAUUGGUACAGAGAACGCUAGUGGCUCUGAUGAUGAAGACGUUGAAAAUUCUCACCCCUUUGAAGAUGACGUAGAUGCCGAAAUUUGGGAAACCCCUGAACCGGAAGAUCCGAAGGAUGACAUGGAAGGCAGUGUGGCUUUUAAUGAUGAUGACGAUGAUGAGUGUGGUGAUGGUACAGAGUGGGGAAAGCCAAGUUCUUUAUGUACUCCUUCUAGAGGUGAAGGAAGUGGGAGCUAUAAGUUUAAAGAAGAAAAGCAAAGAGCUAUGGAAGAGGUUGUUAAUGGAAAGUUCAAGGCCCUCGUAUGUCAACUUCUUAAAUCUGUGGGCAUUGCUCCUGAUGGUGAAGAUGGUGCAACUUGGGUAGAUAUUGUUACUUCAUUGUCAUGGGAAGCUGCUUCAUUUCUAAAACCAGAUGCCAUAGUUUCUAAUUCAAUGGAUCCAAAUGGAUAUGUGAAAGUGAAAUGUAUUGCGACUGGUGUUUGCAGCCAAAGUCAACUAGUUAAAGGCUUAGUCUUCAAGAAACAUGCCGCGCACAAGCACAUGCCAACCAAGUACAAGAAUCCGAAGUUGUUGUUAGUGCGGGGUGUGCUUGGUCAAUCCUCCAGUGGAUUGUCAUCAUUUGAUUCAAUGGAGCAGGAAAAAGAUUAUCUUAAGUCUGUUAUUGCGACCUUAGAUUUGUGCCAUCCAAAUGUGGUUUUAGUGGAGAAGAGUGUUAGUCGUGAUAUCCAAGAGUCUAUUCUCAAAAAAGGGAUGACACUGGUCUUUGACAUGAAGCUCCAUCGGCUAGAGAGAAUUGCUCGUUGUACCGGUUCACCAAUUUUAUCAUCAGAUACUUUGACAAGUCAAAAGCUAAAACAAUGCGACUCCUUUUACAUUGAAAAGUUUGUUGAGGAACAUGCGGGUUCUGGUGAGGGAGGAAAGAAGCUGAGUAAAACAUUGAUGUUCAUCGAGGGUUGCCCUACACGGCUUGGUUGCACGAUUUUGCUGAAAGGAGCGCCCAGUGAUGAACUGAAGAGGGUUAAGUGUGUGGUGCAGUGUGCAGUCAUUAUGGCAUAUCAUAUGAUUCUUGAGACUUCUUUUCUUGUUGAUCAGAGAGCAAUGUUAUCUACAAUACCACUUUCUGGAGUAACAAAUCUCAUGUCGAGUGAAUUGGUGAAUGCAUUGUCGAAUUAUCAACAAUGCCCUAAUUUAGGCUCUGACCAUUCAAAUGCCCCUUGCCUUGGGGAGGCUACUGCUGAAACUGAGUUGCCUAAAGUUGAUAUUCCCAUUUCUAAUAGCUUUCAUUUCCACGAUUCUGCAACUGAAACUGAGUUACCCAAAGUUGAAAUUCCCAUUUCCAAUGGCUUUCAUGAGUUGGACUCCCAUAAUUCUGAUCUGGAAUUGGAAGGAAAUUCCCUUUUGUAUGAACCAUAUAAUCCUGCAAUACUAUCUGGCUUUUCGUCUCUUUCAGCUUCUCUAAAGAAGGUUAUUGGGGAAAAUUUCCCUAUUGCCUCUUCUUCUUAUCAGUCCCUUUCCUCGUACUUUGGAUUCAAUGGAAGAGAGUCUAAUGGUCAGAUUGCAAAUGUUAUUUCCGCUUCAACAUCUCCAAAGGCAUUAGACUAUAAUGUUGCUGAAGAUAAGAGUAGUAGUGACGAAGAAAAAUUGCUGAAUGUUGAAGAAUCAGAGUCUUCAAAUGAAUCCUCUGAAGCCGCCGCUGAAGAGGCGAAAAAAGAUAGUGAUAAUGAAGAAGGGAAAAGUAAGAAUGGUAUCAAUGCAGUGUUGGAUUCUCAGAGUAUUUUAGUUCUGAUGUCUAGGCGGAAUGCCUUAAGAGGGACUGUAUGUGAGCAAAGCCAUUUUUCUCAUAUCAUGUUCUACAAGAACUUUGAUGUUCCACUUGGUAAAUUCCUGCGGGACAAUUUACUCAAUCAGAAAACUCUGUGCAGUAUUUGUGGUGAACUGCCAGAAGCUCACUUAUACUACUAUGCACAUCAUAAGAAGCAGUUGACCAUAAAGGUUAAACGGCUUCGUCCUGAAAAAAGUUUACAUGGGGAAGCAGAAGGAAAAAUUUGGAUGUGGGGUCGAUGUGGUAAGUGUAAAGAUGGAAAUGGGAUAAGAAAAUCUACUAAAAGAGUGUUGGUCUCCAAUCCUGCCCGUGGUCUGUCAUUUGGAAAAUUCCUGGAGCUUGGUUUCUCACAUCACUCCUCAUCUCGUAAAUUAUCUAGCUGUGGCCAUUCUUUGCAUCGGGACUUCCUUUACUUCUUCGGGUUAGGCCCCCGGGUUGCAAUGUUUAGAUACUCUCCCGUUGCCACUUAUACUGUGUCUCUGCCUCCUCAGAAGUUGCAGCUCAGUAACUCAAUUAAACAAGACUUUCUUAUGAAAGAAACUCAGAAUGUGUACAUGAAAGGGAUUCUGCUAUUUACAGAGGUUGAGAGCUGUUUGAAGAAAAUCAAAUGUCAAUUUGAAGGGUUGACUUUGAACCUUCGAGGCUCUAUAAAAGAAUUUUCUGAUAUUGAGGAUAUGUUAAAGCAGGAAAUAUCAGAUUUUGAGGUAAACGUUAAGAAAGCUGUUUCCAAAAAUGGGAACUCAGACCAGGGUGUUUACAAACUUCUUGGCUUGAAUCGAUUACUAUGGGAACUCCUGCUUGAAUCGUGCAUUUGGGAUCAGCGCAUGCAUUCAUUACUCUUACCGGAUGCUAGGAUGCUUGAUUCUGGUACCGUCAAAAAAGCAGUCAAAGAACAAAAACAUGUAGAGAUGGAUGGCAUUGCAAGAGAAAGGAAUGUGGGGCCUGAAGUGAGUUUAGAAAGAAGUGAUCUCGGUAUUAAUGGUGGAGCCAAUGUAAAUGUUAAUCUCGCUACCUCUGCAGAUGUAGAUGAAUUUCCAGUCGAAGAAAUUCUAGUUGAAGAUAAAGCUGAAGAAUCUAAAGGGGAUGACAUAUCUAGUGCAUCUACCGCUGCUGAAGGCAUUGACAUACUGAUUGAGGGUGAUUUAAGCCCAAAAGGAUCAUCCAACUAUGAUUCCCAUCUGCUGUCCAAUGGUUCUAGCCAUUAUCCUUCUGAUUAUAGCUGGUCAGACAACAAAUCUGAGAAUUCACUUUUGUGUAACUCGGAAAAUUCAAAUGGUUGGUUUUGGUCACCAUUUGCAGACAUAAGAUGUAUAGACAUGAGGGAUCUUCAGAGAUUAUACUUUCAAAAAUUUGAAUCUCUUAGUCGCUAUGCUCUGGAGAACUUACCCACAGCAUAUCAGCUGAUCACCGAGGAAGGACAAAGGCUGCACAUUCCCCUUGGAGCAGAGAAUUAUGUCAUCUCAAAUUAUGAUGGUGAGCUGUCAAGUAUAAUUGCUUGUGCGCUGGCAUUGAUGAAAGAGGGUGAUGAUGCUUCAAAAUCACUCGAGAGUUUUCACAGUCUGACUCGGAUUCCUACCAUUAUUUCCUCACAUUGGUCUUCACAUGGAUCUUCUGAUUCAGACUCAGUCAAUUCAACAGCAAGCAUUUCUUUUGACGAAUCGCGCUUCUCGAGUUUUGAUGGGGUGAAUUUGCUGGAGUCUCUUGUUCCGCCUGGAACUGUCAAUCCAAUAGUCUCUUUUGGAUUUGAUAAGUCACUUGGAAAGCAUAGAUAUACGGUUAUAUGUCCCUAUGCCAAUCAGUUUCGUGACCUUCGGAACUGGUGUUGUCCAUCUGAGCUUGAUUAUAUUGCUUCCCUUAGCCGCUGUAGGAACUGGGACGCUAAAGGUGGAAAGAGCAAAUCAUUUUUCGCAAAAACUCUUGACGAGAGGUUGAUUAUAAAAGAAAUCAAGAGGACAGAAUUUGAAUCAUUUAUGAAGUUUGCUGAUGAUUACUUCAAGUACAUGAAGGAGUCAUUUGAAGUGGGGAACCAAACUUGCCUCGCCAAAGUUCUUGGGAUCUAUCAGGUUGUUGUAAGACAGGCUAAAACUGGAAAAGAGACGAGACAUGAUCUGAUGGUAAUGGAGAAUCUCACCUUUGGUCGGAAUAUUACUCGCCAGUAUGAUCUUAAAGGUGCUCUACAUGCUCGCUACAAUACGACUGCGAAUGAUCCAGGCAAUGUUCUUUUGGAUCAGAAUUUUGUCAAUGACAUGAAUUCAUCUCCAUUAUAUGUUAGUAACAGAGCCAAGCGUCUUUUGGAACGGGCUGUCUGGAAUGACACUACUUUCCUCAAUUCGAUCAAUGUUAUGGACUAUUCACUGCUUGUCGUAGUGGAUACUCAGCGGAGAGAGCUCGUAUGCGGGAUCAUCGAUUAUCUUAGGCAGUACACAUGGGACAAGCAACUAGAGACAUGGGUGAAAUCUUCACUUGUUCCAAAGAACUUGUUGCCGACUGUCAUCUCCCCGAUCGAGUACAAGAGGAGAUUCAGAAAGUUCAUGGCUACACACUUCUUGAGUGUCCCAGAUAACUGGUGCCCGGAGAAGUCCUCUGACCACUGUGAUCUCUGUGGUGUUAGAGACUGACAAUUCUUCUCCAUGAAAAAGGUGGGGUUUAGUGGUUUUUCUUUCCGAGUUCCGUCCUUAAUCUGGCAGAUCUUUUUACCUCUAUUAGAAUCAAUAAUGCUGUAAGUUCACAGUCAGUUCGUUAAUACUUUAAAUAGUCGUAUCGUCCGAGUUGAGUUAAGCUAUCUCACCCUGUAAUCUGUAAUUUUUAGCCAUUUUACGGGCAUAGUUUUUCAUUUCUAUUGGUACAAAAUGUGCAGCCAAGUACGAGUUCCUUUUUGUAAAGCCUUGUCGGGAAAGUAUAGAGUUACUCAGUAAAAGCCCUCUGAUUAUUCAAUAUCAAAUGGGAAAGUUGGUAAAAGUUUUAGAGCAGAUAAUAUUCUUUUUUUGUAAAUUA